UGCUAUAGUCUUUAUUGAUUCAGUAGUCGAUUCAGAUAAUAACUACUGAUCUUUGACUAAUAGCAAUAACAGUAUUACAAUAUUUAAAUUUUCAAAUUCUUCAUACAUUAACUUUCUGGUAAAAGUUAAGAAAAAGUUAGUUAGUAGUCUUAAUUGCAAUGGAGGACAAUGUUAAAAAUGGAAAUAGCCAAGUUGCAGCUUCUGCAAAUAGUAUUGUGGUUCCUGCAGCUGAAAGACAAAAACAAGACACAUUGCUUGAUCACAUGGAAAUAACAAUAGUUGAAGCAGAAAAAAGAGCUAAUGGCGCACUAAAUAUAAAAGAAUUUUAUACAGUAUAUCUCAUAGAAACCAAAGUUAUAGAUCCUGACUUUAAGGAUGCUCUUACAAAUGUUAGUUCCUUGUGGCGUCGCUAUACUGAAUUUGAAUUAUUGAGAGCUUAUUUAGAAAUCUCAUAUCCUUUCAUUGUUCUGCCACCAUUACCUGAAAAAAAAGUCUUGUAUGCUUGGCAGAAAGUGACUACUGAUACUUUUGAUCCAGACUUUGUUGAUCGUCGACGAGCAGGUUUAGAAAACUUUCUACUUCGUGUAUCAUCUCAUCCAGUUUUGUCAUUUGACAAACAUUUCAUAGGUUUUUUACAACAAAAAGAUGGCUGGAGAGAAAGUAUAAAAGAAUCCGGAUAUUUGCAACUUGCUGAAUCAAAAUUGAAAGCUUUAAGUGUGGCAGUUCGUUUACGUAAACCAGACAAACGUUUUGAGACUAUAAAAAUUUAUGGCAUAGAAUUACAGAACAAUUUAAACAAUCUUCUCCGUGUUCGUGCCAGAUUAGCUGAAAAACAAUAUAGUCUUUAUAAGUUGCAUGCAAACUAUGGACGCGUGUUCAGUGAAUGGAGUGCAAUUGAGCGUGAAAUGGGAGAUGGUCUACAGAAAUCUGGUCAUUAUUUGGACUCACUUGCUGCUGCAAUUGAUGCAACUCUGGAGGAAGAAGAACUAAUAGCAGAUCAAUUAAAGGAAUGGUUAUUUGCGUCAUCUGCAUUACAAUCAGUAGUAAAAAGGCGUGAAGCAUUACAGCUUAGCAAAGAAGAAGCUUUUGACAAUCUCGCAGCAUUACAAGAACAGAAAGAAAAAGUUGUUCAAGGAAAAUCCGGACUCAUGUCAAGAUUAUUUGGUUCUGUCGAUACUGAAGAAGUUCGAGAAUUAAAAAUAUUGCAGAUUGAUCAAAAAAUUAAUCAAGGUGAAGAGGUAGUCAGGCAAAGUGACCAAGAAUUAGUAUUAUUUUCUGAGAAAGCAAUGGAAGACAUUGAGCGUUUUCAAGUACAGAAAGUGAUUGACCUACGAGAAACGUUGACGGCAUAUUGUGUCCUUCAGUUUAAACUUGCUAGAAAAAAAAACUUUCAAUUAUUUUUCAGGGUCUGCAAGCUUGGCAGCAUAUUAAGCAGUGUUUAGAAAGUAUGCCAUAAUCAUUUGACUGGAAUCGAACAUUUUUACUUUUUAUAAAAUGGAACGUCGACUCAAAAGUUUUCGUUACCGUCGUAUAUACUUUCUCUUAAAACAAAUUCUAUUGAUUGAGCAAACAUUUUUAAAUAUCUUAAUUUAAAUGAAGUUUUGUUAUCGUUUUUCUAACUUUUAAUUAUUUUGGAAGAACUCAAAAUAUCUAAAUUUCACUCACUUAAAAAGAUAUAUUGUUCUCGUAACUCGAAAAAUAUCGCUUUAAUACAUAAUUUAUAAUACA